GCAUCUUCUGCAGUGGAGGGUGGACUCUUAACCCCUGCGGCACCAGGGAAGUCCUCUUAAUUCUCCUAUCAGCAUUUUGAAGCUUGACUAUGCUGUUCCCCAGACGAGGAAACAGACAGACUUGCUGCCUGUGGGGAGGGCCUGAGAAGUACGUGGUCCUCAGGAGCAGCCCCACCCUGUGCUCAGGAGGGGCCCGGGCACAGACCAGCGGCCCCCGAUGGUCCUUCCCCUUCUUCCCUCCCCCGCCCCCCCGCACCCAGGCUCACUGACACUGUCACUGUUGCUUUCAUGCCAAAGCUUUCUCCCUCUCUCUGUGUAUUGGACCCCUGGGUAUUUCAAUCAGGACAGUUUGCUAUCACUUCCUUCAGGACGCCUUCCAGGGAUGCCCGGGUCGAGGUGAGCCCAGCCCUCUGCUGGCAGCUCCUCUGGGCUGGUUCUUUGCAACCUGGAUUGCCACUGUUUUUGUUUUGGCUUCCCCGUGAGACUGGCAAUCCCACAGGGCACGAAGCAUUUGCCCACCCGUCUCCUCUGGUUUUCCUGGGCUUCACAUCUGUCUCUGAGAAUCUGGUCUGUCUGAAACGCUCAGUGUCUCUGUCUCUCCGUCUCCAUCUCUGGGCCCCUGAAUGUCUCAGCAUCUGUGGUUUUCCGGUCUGGAGUGCUCUGGGGUCUCGGUUUCUGGGUCGCUCUCUAAAGCAUCCCCGUCCUCCAGCCUCAGCCCCUUGGUCUCUCCGGCUCUGUUUCCUGAGUCUCCCGGCCCUGCCAGGCGGGCGCUGCCCCUUUGGCCUGAGCGGGCCUCUGGGCAGGGGGGUGUCCUUGCUGCCCAGCCUGCCCACAGCGAGGCCAGGCCCCGGGAGGCCCCCGCCCAGCCUGCUGCCUAUUCCCUCCCUCCCUACCCGCCUGCCUCACCACAGGGCUUGAUGAAUCAAACUCUUUGUCUGGGUGGGAUCUCCCCAAGCCAGCUGGGCAGAGAGAGGGCUUCCCCUGCCGGAGCAGCCAAACACCAUCCGCGGCGGGCCUUGGUGGAGAGGCCCUGGUGGGUGGCGGAGCAAAGGAGGAAUGGACUGUGGGCCACCUGCUGCCCUCCAGCCCCAUCUGGCUGGGCCGCCUGGCACUGCCCACCACCCAGUGGCCGUGUGCCAGCAGGAGAGCCUGUCCUUCGCGGAGCUGCCCAUCCUGCAGCCUCCAGGCCCUGUGUGUCUGGACCUCUUCCCUGUGGCUCCAGAGGAGCUGCAGGCACCUGGCAGCCGCUGGUCUCUGGGGACCCCUGCUCCCCUCCAGGGGCUGCUAUGGCCACCGCCCCCAGGAGGCGCAGACCCCGAGCUCUCCACCAGCGGGGGAAUGCGGCCCAGCAGGGCUGGCAGCUGGCCACACUGUCCUAGUGCCCAGCCCCCAGCCCUGGAGGGACCCUGGAGUCCCCAGCACCCACAGCCACAGCGCCGGGCCAGCCACGGCUCAGAGAAGAAGUCAGCCUGGCGCAAGAUGCGGGUGUACCAGAGAGAAGAGGCCCUUGGUGGCCCCGAGGACCACGCUGUCUUCCUGGAGCCGAGUCAGGCCGCGGAGCAGGCGCUGAGCGCAGAGGAGCCCCGGCCCGCCGGGUUGCCUGGACCGGCUCGUGGGGGCCUCGAGGGGCCUGAGCGGAGGCGCUUCUCGGCCUCUGAGCUGAUGACCCGCUUGCACUCUUCCCUGCGCUUGGGGCGGAAUUCAGCAGCCAGGGCACUGAUUCCAGGGACAGGGUCAGGCCCCGGAGCCGCCCUAGAAGGGAAAGCGCCUGGAAGAGACUCGCGCAGUGUAGAGAUGAGGGUGGACACCACGGCGACGCCAGCUCCUGUUGACCUGAGCCGGGUCCCCGACAACUGGCCGGAGCCCAGGCUGGAUGCGCGGGAGGAGCCGGCGCCAGGGCCCCGGAGCGCCAGCGAGCGGCGCCAGUCCCGGUUCCUGCUUAACUCCGUCCUCUACCAGGAAUAUAGCGACGUGGCCAGCGCCCGCGAGCUGCGGCGGCAGCAGCGCGAGGAGGAGGGCGCGGCGGACGAGGCGGAGGGCGCGGAGGAGGGCCCGGGGCCGCCGCGCGCCGACCUCUCCCCGAGCAGCUCGUUCCGGGCGCAGCGCGCCGCGCGGGGCUCCACCUUCUCGCUGUGGCAGGACAUUCCCGACGUGCGCGGCAGCGGCGUCUUGGCCACGUUGAGCCUGCGCGACUGCAAACUGCAGGAGGCCAAGUUUGAGCUGAUCACGUCCGAGGCCUCAUACAUCCACAGUCUGUCGGUGGCCGUGGGCCACUUCUUAGGCUCGGCCGAGCUGAGUGAGUGCCUGGGGACACAGGACAAGCAGUGGCUGUUCUCCAAACUGCCCGAGGUCAAGAGCACCAGCGAGAGGUUCCUGCAGGACCUGGAGCAGCGGCUGGAGGCGGAUGUCCUCCGCUUCAGCGUGUGCGACGUGGUCCUGCAGCACUGUCCGGCCUUCCGGCGCGUCUACCUGCCCUAUGUCACCAACCAGGCCUAUCAGGAGCGCACCUACCAGCGCCUGCUCCUGGAGAACCCCAAGUUCCCUGGCAUCCUGGCUCGCCUGGAGGAGUCUCCUGUGUGCCAGCGGCUGCCCCUCACCUCCUUCCUCAUCCUGCCGUUUCAGAGGAUCACCCGCCUCAAGAUGUUGGUGGAGAACAUCCUGAAGCGGACAGCGCAGGGCUCUGAAGAUGAAGACAUGGCCACCAAGGCCUUCAAUGCCCUCAAGGAGCUGGUGCAAGAGUGCAAUGCCAGUGUGCAGACCAUGAAGAGGACAGAGGAGCUCAUCCAUCUGAGCAAGAAGAUCCACUUUGAGGGCAAGAUCUUCCCGCUGAUCUCUCAGGCCCGCUGGCUGGUUCGGCACGGGGAGCUGGUGGAGCUGGCACCCCUGCCCGCGGUGCCCCCUGCCAAGCUGAAGCUGUCCAGCAAGGCGGUCUACCUGCACCUCUUCAAUGACUGCCUGCUGCUCUCCCGGCGGAAGGAGCUGGGGAAGUUCGCCGUCUUCGUCCACGCGAAGAUGGCAGAGCUACAGGUGAAGGACCUGAGCCUCAAGCUGCAGGGCAUCCCCGGCCACGUGUUCCUCCUUCAGCUCCUCCACGGGCAGCGCACGAAGCACCAGUUCCUGCUAAGGGCCCGGACGGACCUUCCUCUCCCCAGGAGUGAGAAGCAGCGAUGGAUCUCGGCCCUGUGCCCCUCCAGCCCCCAGGAGGACAAGGAGGUCAUCAGCGAGGGGGAAGGUAGCAGCCUGUCCCCCACCACGAGGGCCACGUUCCCGGGGCUGGACCACCCCCAGGUCCAGUGUGUCAGAACGUACAAGGCGUCGCAGCCAGACGAGCUGACCUUGGAGAAGACGGACAUCCUGGCCGUGAGGAUGCGGACCAGUGACGGCUGGCUGGAAGGGGUGCGCCUGGCAGAUGGCGAAAAGGGCUGGGUGCCCCAGGCCUAUGUGGAGGAGAUCAGCAGCCUCAGUGCCCGCCUCCGGAACCUCUGGGAAAAUAAGCGGGUCACAAGUGCCACCAGCAAGCUGGGGGGCCCCUCCGUGUGACGGCGGCCGUGACCCAGGACAGCAGCCCCACGCCGGCGCCUGGACAGGUCUGCAGGGGACCUGCGGUGUCCCCAUGCCCCACCUGCUGCCACUGGGGCUUCUGUUCUGAUGCCUGGCUUCGAGGGUGCAGGCUGGACGCAGGUGGGGGUUGCCUCUGAAGAGUCUCCCCUGUCCUCCUACUCCUCGAGUCCACAGUUCAGGGACGAGGGUCGUUUAUCCCUCUGGCUCGUGCCCUCUGGGACUUGGCCUCUCCCUUUCCUGCCCUCCACCCUGCCCGAGUCUUGGUCCCUCUGGCAGGGACCUGACUAGCAGUGGCUCUGGGCGCUGGGACCUAUCUGUGUAGACAGAUCUGGAGUCUCUGGUCUGAGCCUGCGUGGGCCCCGGUUGCUGUGACUCACCUGUAAAUAAAUUGCCCUAAUGCCUUU